UAUGCAAAGUCUGUCACUUCCUGUUUCAGGUACCAGUGUUCGAACACUAACUUGUUCGGAUGUAGAAAGUACAACCUGCACUCUAGGAAUUCAGUCGGGUGAUGACGCAAGCGCCAAAUUUUCCAUAUCCGGUAGUGAAGUGCAAACGACAUCAACACCAAUUGACUAUGAUUCAAUGUCGAGUCCGAAUUAUCUGUAUACAUUGGUUAUAACGGGCGUAGACACACCGGGUACCCCAUCGACCGCCAAAACCGCCACAGCCACGUUGUUUGUCACAGUGACGUCGAAGAACGAUAAUACUCCUUCAAUUUCCGGUCCUUCUACUGCAACGGUGUCUGAGGACAGCACAGCUGGGACCACAGUAUGUACCAUGACGGCUUCAGAUGCAGAUGAGGGCGACGACGGAACGCUUAUCUUUAGCAUUGUUGGUGGUAACACUGGCGGGGUAUUUGGAGUCACCGCUUCCGCAGGACUUGUUUACUUGACGGAAACACUUGAUUUCGAAACCACGGCGUUGUACCAGUUGGAAUUAAAAGUAACAGAUGGCGGAACAAGUGCCCUAACAGCGACAUCUACCCUUACGGUUUCGGUGACGGAUGUCAACGAUAAUUCGCCAACCUGCUCGUCCGCCCCUUAUGUUUUCUCCGUUAAUGAACAGACUUCAGCAACUCGAGUGUUAGUAACGACACUGGCCUGUACUGAUGGCGAUCAGGACAACACACUACAGUACGCCAUCACCUCUGGAAACUCAGAAUCCUGUUUCGCCCUGGACGUUUCAACCGGCGGGUUGACGACUGCGUGUACUUUGGACUUUGACACCGGAAGUCAGAGUUACGCUUUGGUUACCACGGUCACGGAUGGAACUUUCACUUCUACCGUGACACUAGUUGUAAACCUGGUUCCAGUCAAUGAAGAUACGCCCGCCUUUGGCUCAAGUUCCACGGUCACCAUUCCUGAAAAUACAUCCGCUGGUUCAUCAAUACUGUCGUACACAGCGUCUGAUUCGGAUACAUCGCCACACAAUAUAGAACGAUAUGAAAUCACUUCCGUGACAAACAGUGGUUCGAACUUGUUUACGGUCGAUAUGACGUCGGGCGAUAUCUACUUAUUACAGGCUGUUGACUUUGAGACGACAUUGACGUAUGUCAUCACAGUGGAGGCGAUCGACGGCGGUAGUCUUACGGGGACUGGAACAGUUACUGUGAGCAUUACGGACGUAAACGACAACACGCCAACUUGUACUCCAACAGCACAUGUGGUUAGUGUGUCAGAGGACGCAGUUAUGAAUACCGUGGUUAUUGAUGACCUGGCCUGUUCUGAUAGAGACACCGGUACAUCACUUGUUUACACGGUCACCUCCCAACCUGUAUCUACCCAAUUCGAUAUAUCCAAGAGAGGUGCAGUUGCCGUCCUUGUUGUUAAUAGUGCCCUGGACUACGAGACUACCAGCUAUUACGAUCUGACCAUCUCCAUCUCGGAUGGAGCCACUUCCGCAACUGUCAGCGUGGCGAUCAACGUAGGAAACGUAAAUGAGGCUGGCCCGGUUUUCAACCCAGUUACAUAUGCCGUUACAUUUUCCGAAGCGACAUCUGUCGGCAGUGGUCUUGCCACAGUGACUGCUACAGACGCCGAUACCGACACCAUCACCUACUCAUUCGUGACGUCAUACACCGGGUUUACAAUUGAUUCAACAGCAGGUACCGUCACCUUAGCGGCAAGUUUGGAUUACGAGACCACAACAUCGCACCAGCUCCUGGUUCAUGCUAAUGACGGCAGCCUAACCGCCACUGCCACAGUUACAAUAACUGUGACAGACGUCGAUGAAACAUCGUCAUCAUCGACAUCUUCAUCAUCUUCUUCAUCGUCCUCCUCAUCAUCAUCAACCACUUCUUCCUCUUGUACACCUAUUUUUGAGACGGUGACUGGUAUAGCUGUGAUAGGCGGGGCUGGAGCUGUGGCCUUCAUAGGACUUGCAACCCUGGUUGCCGGAAUCGUGAAACUCCGAAAUGCCUCAAGCCUGACGUCUGGAUCAGCUAAGUUGACAAAAGUUGGCAAGGUACCAGAUAAAAAGCCGGCUCGGACCCAGGCAUGGACUAGGGAUUCAAAGGUGGACCCAUUUACGGGCAGACCAAAGAACACCAGACUACCGCCUUACUUCUAGCAGAUAUGUCUGUCCUGUGUCCAUAUCACGUGAGAUGGCGAGAUGACUUUACAAGGGACAAAGUACUGUUUCAACGCAUCUCCGUAAACAUAUGUGCCAAAAUGUUUUAUUUCAUAAUUUAUGAUCUUAUCGUUUUGUAUGGUACGAGGGCUGAUUGAUAUGUUGUGAGCCUCAUAUUGAAGGAUUUGAAUUUUGCCGGACAUAUUGUAUUAAAGUCAUCAACUGCAUGUAUGACGUCAUCAUCGGACAGAAAGGGGGUGUCUGAAAUAGCUUUUCGAUUUUGGAAAUAGAUGAAAGCCUGAUGGAGCAAGAUCAGGUGAAUAAGGCGGAAACUUGGUCAAUUUUAAGCCACAAUCGUGAAUGACAGGCAUGGCAAUGACAGACUUGUGAACAGGAGCAUUGUCCUGAUGGAAUGACACAUUGAGUUAGCUUUCCGCGCCGAUUAAGUUUAAUAUUUUUCCGUUACUGCCUCUGAAGUGAAAAGUGUGCUUUUGAUCAACUGUCAGAAGUCUUGGUACCCAUCGGGCCGAAAGCUUUCUCAUUGCAAGAUCCUUGGUCAGAAUUGAAUGUUCUCUUUCCUGUGAAAUGCCAACUCUACUGGUUAUAUAACUUUCUGUGACUCGUCUGUCAGUCUUAACAAUAUCAUGAACUUUAUUGACAAUUUCUGGGGUUGCAACAUUGAAGGUCUUUCUGGACGCGGGGUCAUCCUUAAGGCUCUGUCGGUCGCGCUUAAAAUCCGCCACCGACCUGUACUCUGUAUCAUAUGAAGGGGCAUCUGGUGUUUCUACCAUAUCAUUAUGGAUAUCCUUAGGUGUUAAACCUUUUUAUGCAAAUAUUGGAUCACUGCUCUUUCUCCAAUUUUGUCCAUUUUGCAAAAGCCGCUUGUCUUGUUUACUUUAGAGUGCUACCUCGUCGAUAUAAGCUAACGAAAUGAGACCAGUCCUUGGGUACAAGGCCCUUUAUAAUCAGAGAAUAGUAAGACUUAAAAAGAACAUCCUUGAGUAUCUCUUUCAAUACGAGGCUCACAAUAUAUCAAUCAUCCCUCGUAUAUAAGCAUGUCAAUAAAAGAGUAUUCCUCAAAGUGUUUUGUUCCGGAUGACACAGGAUCUAUGUUUAGAAGUAAUAUUAUUGUUUAAUACAAGAGCAUAG